CGAAGCCAAGCUCCCCAUCCCCCACCCCGAAAUGGCGGGGUGCCGCGACCGAAUCCUGCGGGCGUUGGAAGAGCUUUCGGCGGCGGAGCUGCGACGGUUGAAGGCGGCGUUGAACCGGUUACCGUUAGCGGCCGGUUACGGCACCAUCCCCCGCGGGAGGAUGGAAGGGGCCGACGCCCUCGACCUCACCGAUUUGGUGGUCGGGUAUUACCGGGAAGGGUACGGCGUCAGGGUGCUGGCCGAAGCUCUGCGACGCAUCCAACGGUUGGAUUUGGCGGAUGGAUUGGUUGGGGAUGCCGGUGAGAUGGCGGUUGCGGGGGGGGGUGGAGGGCAGAGGUUGGUGGUACGAAGGGCUGCGUUGCCACGGGCGGUGCCGGUGGUUGACGGUGCGAAGGGCGGCGCCGACACCGGCAGCGGCGCAGGCAACGACCUCCUCCCCCCCCCAUCUCCACCCGUGCAGCCCCACGCCGCGGCCGCGACGCCGCCGACCUCGCCGCCGACGUGCCCCCCCUCUCGCCGGCCGAGCGCUUCGUGGCCCGCCACCCGCCUCGCCCUGAUCCAACGGGUUCGGGGGGUGGCGGCCCUGUUGGACCGCUUGGAGGCCGACGGGGUGUUGAGCGCCGAGGAAGUGGCCGCGGUAGCCGCCGGCCCCACCCCGCAGGAACAAAUGCGACGACUUUUGGCCACCGCCCCGGCUUGGGGACGCCGAGGGCACCGGCAGUUCCUACGGGCCAUGCGUUGCCUGCACCCCCACCUGAUGGAGGAUCUGGGCGAAGAGGGGGAGGACGCCCCCGAGGGGGAGUACGCGGGGGACCCUUGA